AUGCUAACACACCAUAGGCAGGAGUUCUACGUCAGGUUCAAGGGCCCGGUAGAGACGCCAUUCGAAGGUGGCCUCUGGAAGAUCCACGUCGAGCUCCCCGACCAAUACCCCUACAAGAGUCCCAGCAUCGGAUUUGUUAACCGUAUCUUCCAUCCCAACAUCGAUGAACUCUCCGGCUCCGUCUGUCUCGAUGUCAUCAACCAGACCUGGUCACCAAUGUACGACAUGAUCAACAUCUUCGAGGUCUUCCUUCCCCAACUCCUGCGCUACCCCAACCCAACCGAUCCCCUUAACGGAGAAGCUGCGGCGCUGUUGAUGCGGGAACCGAAAAGCUACGAUGCCAAGGUCAAGGAAUACGUUCAAAAGUACGCCAACAAGGAUACCGCUGAAGACUCCGACAAAGACGAUGGCGACGACGAUGAGAUGAGUUCGGUUGGUAGCUAUGAGUCGGGUGAUGAGGAUGAGGCGGCAGGGAACAUGGAGGAUAUCUGAGAUCCUAUCAGCCUCCCUUCGUACUAUUCACGGCCCUUCCUCUUCACUCUGUCUCCAUGGCUGGCGAUAUGGCGCACAAAGGGUACGUUGCUACUUAUUCCCCUGGUAUUUGGCUGCUUCACGGUUUGGGUAUAGGAUGAGACUUUUCUGUUGGCGUUUUCGUUGAUUACUUUCGGACAACAUGAGAGGGGUUAGAGAAUAUGCUAUUACCAUUCCAUCGUCCCUGGCCUUUGUAGACGGAAUGACUGGAUAGCCUUUCCGAAUCUAAAUUUCUGUGGCAAUGUCUGGAUUCGUGUAUGUCGUGUCAAGUACCUUAUGGUUUCAUUGUUUGCGGCCAUCUUCUUCGCUUGCAUAAACUCGGUUCUAAUCUCGUGUAUUUUCGCUCGAUUCCGACAGCCAAGGAAGACCAAUCGAGCCAUACCAUCACAGCAACAUCAAC